UUUAUGCCCCUCUGUGUUCCUCUAUUUCGUCCCAUCAAACCCGAACCAGCAUGCAAUUUGGAUUUCUCCUUUGUGAUUAGGGUUUUGAUCAUCUUCAUCGCACGAAUGGAUUCAGAGGACGAUUUCGGUAUGCACGAUGCUAACGACGACGACGAGGAUUUCUAUAGUGGCGGCGACGACGACGCCGCCGCCGCCUCCAUGGACAGCGAUGAUGCUGGCGUUGCCGAUUACGAGUUCAUUGAUAACGACUCUGAUGAUUCCUAUGACGCCGCCUCCCAUCGCUACCAGCAAAACUACACCGUUUUGACUGAAGCUGACAUUCGUCAUCGUCAGGAGGAGGAUGUUACAAAGAUAUCUACAGUGCUUUCCAUUUCAAAGGUUGCAGCCAGUAUACUGCUCCGCUACUAUAAUUGGAGUGUAAGCAAAGUACAUGAUGAGUGGUUCGCAGAUGAAGAAAAGGUUCGCAGGACUGUUGGCUUACCGGAGAAACCAGUCAUUGAACACCGUAAUGUUAAACAACUUGAUUGUGGGAUUUGUUUUGACACCUAUCCUUGUAAAGAGAUGCAUGCUGCAGCUUGUGGUCAUCCUUUUUGUUUCACAUGCUGGGCAGGUUAUAUCGGCACGGCAAUUAAUGAUGGCCCUGGAUGUUUAAUGUUGCGCUGUCCUGAUCCAUCUUGUGGUGCUGUCGUUUUCCAAGAUAUGAUUAACGCACUGGCUUCAAAUGAAGACAAGGAGAAAUUUUCUCGUUACUUUAUUAGAUCUUACGUCGAGGACAAUAGGAAGACCAAAUGGUGUCCUGCUCCGGGCUGUGAUUAUGCUAUAGAUUUUAUUGUUGGUAGUGGAAGCUUUGAUGUUACAUGCCGCUGUUCAUAUAGCUUUUGCUGGAACUGUACUGAAGAAGCUCAUCGUCCCGUUGAUUGUGGGACAGUGGCCAAGUGGAUAUUGAAGAACAGUGCUGAAUCUGAAAAUAUGAAUUGGAUACUGGCUAAUUCCAAGCCCUGCCCAAAGUGCAAACGACCAAUUGAGAAGAACCAAGGCUGUAUGCAUAUCACCUGCACACCACCUUGUAAAUUUGAGUUUUGCUGGCUCUGUCUUGGUGCAUGGUCCGAACAUGGUGAAAGGACAGGUGGGUUUUAUGCCUGCAACCGCUAUGAGACUGCAAAGCAGGAAGGAGUGUACGAUGAGGCAGAGAAACGAAGAGAGAUGGCCAAGAACUCUCUAGAAAGGUACACCCAUUAUUAUGAGAGAUGGGCAACCAAUCAAUCGUCCAGGCAAAAGGCAUUAGCAGACUUACAGCAGAUGCAAUCCGUUCAUCUUGAAAAGCUGAGUGAUAUUCAGUGCCAACCUGAGUCACAGCUGAAGUUCAUUACAGAAGCCUGGUUACAGAUAGUUGAGUGUAGGCGUGUACUGAAAUGGACGUAUGCCUAUGGAUAUUAUUUACCUGAGCACGAACAUGCCAAGAGACAGUUUUUUGAAUACUUACAAGGUGAGGCUGAGUCUGGGUUGGAACGACUUCAUCAGUGUGCAGAAAAGGAGCUGCAAGCUUAUCUCAACGAAGAAGACCCACCAAAAGAUUUCAAUGAGUUUCGCACAAAACUUGCCGGAUUGACCAGUGUGACACGAAACUACUUUGAAAAUUUAGUUCGAGCUCUGGAGAAUGGUCUGUCAGAUGUGGACUCUAUUGGUGCAAGCAGCAAGGCGGUAAUCUCAAAGAGUUUGGGAGGUGCAAGCAGCAAGGGAAGAGGUGGGAGGGGUAAGGCUACAACAUCCAGGUCAAGUAGCUCCAAUAGAAAUAUUGAUGAUUUUGGCCACUGGUCCUGUGAACAUUGCACCUUUGCAAAUGUGAGGUCAGCCACUGUCUGCCAGAUGUGCCAACGACGCCGGUAGGUAAUUUGUAUUGCAAAUUAACCUAGCUGGCUGGCUGUUGGGGCUUGGUUUAUUGCCCAGUUGGCUGGCUUCUUGCAGUGAAGUAUCAACCUAGUGGGCUACUAGGAAGGAAGGGGUUUCCCAUAACCCAUGUUUGGAAAUUAUAUAUGCAAGGACAAAGAAAGGGUAGGGGGAAGCAAAGAAGAAGACACUGGCUCUGUCUCGUGUUAUGGGGAUGUUAGCAGUAUAUAGUUCCUGUUGUUUGUCUGUCUUAUCCGUGCCCAUCUUGUUUCACGCAAAUGUAAUUUAAUGUAACUUUAUUAAUUAACUAGUUGCUUAUGAAAUUGUAGCGAGGUUAAAGCUUCAUGUGGUUUGUAACUUGGGGUAAAACUAGUCGGGGGGACAAUCUACUGAAUUGGCCCCUGCAUAGAUAAGUAUAUGUAUGUCCUUCCAUCUUAUCUUGAAUACGAACUCCUAGUCUAGAUUUUGUA